AUGGCUUCAGACCAAGACAAGCAGCGCAUUAAACAACUUCUUAGGAAAACUGGCAACAACUUGUGUGCAGACUGCGCAGCGCCAGAUCCCGAGUGGGCGUCCUACACACUGGGCAUAUUUGUGUGUCAGAGUUGUUCUGGGCUCCAUCGGAACAUUGCCCAGAUCAGUAAGGUGAAGUCUGUGCUGCUUGAUCCCUGGCGUCCGGCUGAAGUGGAGUUUAUGAACUCAGUGGGAAAUGAUGCUGCCAGGAGCAAAUAUGAAAAGCAAGUUCCAGCCUUUUACUACCGACCAUCACACAAAGACUGCAUGCUUCUUCGAGACCAAUGGAUCCGAGCCAAGUAUGAGAGAAAAGAGUUUAUCCAUGUGGAAAAGCAAGAAGCGUACUCUGCAGGAUACAGAGAAGGUUUUUUGUGGAAACGUGGCCGAGAUAACGGACAAUACCUCAGUCGAAAGUUCAUCUUGUCUGAACGGGAGGGUGUUCUGAAGUACUUCAACAAAAAUGAUGCUAAUAAGGAGCCCAAGGCCAUCAUGAAGUUUCACAAUCUCAAUGCCUGUUUUCAACCCGCAAAAAUUGGCACUGCACAUGGGCUACAGAUCACUUAUCUAAAGGACAACAGCACCAGAAACAUAUUUGUAUAUCACGAAGAUGGAAAGGAGAUGGUGGACUGGUUUAACGCCAUUCGAGCUGCGAGGUUUCACUAUCUUCAGGUGGCUUUUCCCAUAGCCACAAUCACUGAGCUCUUGCCAAAACUUACCAGGAACUUUAUAAAGGAGGGCUACAUGGAGAAAACAGGCCCAAAGCAUACUGAAGGUUUUAAGAAAAGAUGGUUUACAUUGGACGACAGGCGGCUUAUGUACUUCAAAGACCCCAUGGACGCCUAUGCCAGGGGCGAGGUGUUCAUAGGCAGCAGGGACAACGGCUACACCCUGGCUCCUAAGCUCCCGGCCGGCGUCCAGGGAUAUCACUGGCAGUUUGGCAUCACAAUAAUAACCCCGGACAGAAAGUUCCUGUUGACGUGUGAGGGGGAGAAAGAGCACAGAGCUUGGAUUGACGCUAUUCAGGCUGUGAUGGAGAGGCCCAUGCUGCCUUACGAAUACGCAGUGGAGGCCUAUUUUAAACACAAGCCUUGA